CACGCCAUGCACACCGUAGCAACUCCCCCCAUAGGCCAUGCCAAAGCACACUAUAGAAAAAAGCUUCUCUCCUGUCACACUCUCUCUCUUUCACUCUUUCCCUUUAAAUCUCUCACUUUACUCUCUUUUUCAGAACCACAACAAGAACAAGAACAAUAAGUGGUACAAGUAGAACAACAAGACUUGGAACCAUUAUUUUUUAUGCUCACUUUCUCUUUCAAGUUUCAACCUCUCUGGCUUCUCUCAGUUUCUUAUUCUUAGGUAGGUCUUUUCCCUAUACACGUUCUUAUUCUCAGCUGCUUCUAUAAAGUAUUUAAACCACAGACAAGCAAAUUCUUCUUUUGGUUCCCACAUCAGCUCACACGGCUCAACCACUGUUUUAUUCAUAUCACAUGGAUCUUCAACGUUUUUCCUUCACCAUAUCACAGUAUAUGGUGUGAUCUUUUGUUUCUGAUUUGCUUAUGUAAUUUCACUGCACUUUUUUCUCCACAGCCACCAACUCUUUGUUUUCUUUCAAAAAAACACUGUGUCACCCCACUUGGAAAAAUACUCAAAGCUUCUGCUCCUCUGAGUGCAAUGAUCACCAUUCCUCCUUGGAAAUUCUGAACUUUGAAAAGCAGAAAGUGAGUUUGCUGAAGUUGCUUUACUUUGUUCUCUUUUAAUUUUUUAACCCUCACAUGGUUACUGUCUUCCGUCUAGUCCAUUCCUUUGUUUGUUUUUAUUGCACUUUUUGUUUAUAUCCACCAAGGAUUUGAUUGUUACUCCCCCAACUUUUUUGUGUCCUUUCUACUGCCACUGUUGCAGUAGUAUAAUUAGUAAUAACAAUAGCACCUUUGUGCCUCUCUCUCAUUAUUUUUCUUGCAUUUGAAACUUUCUUAUACUUGUGCGUGACAAGGUGGUUGUUUGUUUUCGUUUGGUUUUUAUACCAUGCUUUGUUGGGACCCGCCAACCUUUUUCUACCAUAUGUAAGCAAAUGGAAUUGCAGUGCUUUUGUAAGGGAAUAGUAGCUUUCUGCGAAAUUCAUGAAGAGCUCCACUGAUGUAUCGCUACAUUCUAGAUAUUACUCUGAUGAAGCAAGUGCAAUUCAUCCUACUCCUAUCACUGUCUCUUGUUCUUUUUUGUCCACCCCUAGUGAUCUCAAUAGACUCAUCUUUCAACGAUGAUGUGUUGGGGUUGAUUGUGUUCAAGGCCGGUCUAGAAGACCCCCAAGGCAAACUCUCUACGUGGAAUGAAGAGGAUUAUAGUCCUUGCAAUUGGGUUGGUGUCAAAUGUGACCCUGCAACAAAUAGGGUAUCUUCUCUUGUUCUUGAUGGAUUUUCUCUUUCUGGCCACGUUGAUAGAGGCCUUUUGAGAUUGCAGUUCCUUCAGAUUCUCUCCCUCUCUAGGAACAACUUCACAGGGACCAUAGCUCCUGAUCUUCUCAGCAUUGGUGAUUUACAAGUUGUUGAUUUGAGUGAGAACAAUCUAUCUGGUUCAAUCCCAGAUGGGAUUUUUCAGCAAUGUUGGUCUCUAAGAGUAGUAUCAUUUGCCAACAACAACCUCACUGGUAAGAUUCCUGAUUCUUUGAGCUCAUGCUACUCAUUGGCAGUUGUGAACUUUUCCUCUAAUCAGCUACAUGGGGAACUGCCAUCGGGAAUAUGGUUUUUGAGGGGACUACAGUCAAUCGAUGUUUCAAAUAACUUCUUGGAGGGAGAGAUUCCCGAAGGGAUUCAGAAUCUGUAUGACUUGAGGGAGUUGAGGCUAGGGAGGAACCACUUCACUGGUAGGAUUCCUCAGGAUAUUGGAGACUGCUUGCUUUUGAAGUUGGUUGAUUUCAGUGGUAAUUCUCUCUCUGGGAGACUUCCUGAGUCAAUGCAAAAACUCACCUCAUGCUCAUUCCUCAGCUUGCAAGGGAAUUCAUUCACAGGAGGCAUUCCACAUUGGAUUGGAGAAAUGAGAAGUCUAGAGAUAUUGGAUCUCUCUGCAAAUAGAUUUUCUGGUUGGAUUCCAAAUUCAAUAGGAAAUCUUGACUUGCUGAGUAGAUUGAAUCUGUCAAGGAAUGAGAUCACAGGUAACCUGCCAGAGUUGAUGGUAAACUGCAUUAAGCUUUUGACUCUUGACAUCAGCCACAAUCACUUGGCUGGCCAUCUUCCUUCAUGGAUAUUUAGGAUGGGUUUACAAAGUGUUUCUCUUUCAGGGAACAGAUUUAGUGAGAGCAAUUACCCCUCACUUACUUUCAUUCCUGUAUCUUUCCAUGGCCUUCAGGUUUUGGAUUUGUCAUCAAAUGCAUUUUCUGGCCAACUUCCAUCUGGAAUUGGAGGUCUUAGUAGCUUGCAAGUCUUGAAUUUGUCCACCAACAAUAUCUCAGGUUCUAUUCCUGUGAGUAUAGGAGAACUUAAAUCUUUGUACAUUCUUGACUUAAGUUACAACAAGCUAAAUGGAAGCAUUCCUUCAGAAAUAGAAGGGGCAAUUUCACUCAGUGAAAUGAGGCUACAACAGAACUUCUUAGGUGGGAGAAUUCCAUCUCAAAUUGAGAAUUGUCCAGAACUAAUAUUUCUGAAUCUUUCUCACAACAAGCUUAUUGGUUCAAUCCCUUCAGCCAUUGCAAACCUAACCAAUCUUCAGUAUGUAGAUUUCUCAUGGAAUGAACUCUCUGGAAGCUUACCAAAGGAGCUGACAAACCUUUCCCAUCUUUUCUCAUUUAAUGUUUCAUACAACCACCUUCAAGGUGAGCUACCAGUGGGUGGCUUCUUCAACACUAUCUCUCCUUCAUCUGUCUCUGGUAAUCCAUUGUUAUGUGGUUCUGUUGUUAAUCAUUCUUGCCCUUCUGUUCAUCCAAAGCCUAUUGUCCUAAACCCCAAUUCUUCUUACUCCAACUCUGGCUCUUCCUUACAAAACCAUCAUCAUAAGAUUAUGCUCAGUAUUUCUGUCCUUAUUGCUAUUGGUGCUGCUGUUUUUAUUGUCAUUGGUGUAGUGGUUGUUACUGUCCUAAAUAUCCAUGCGAGGUCUUCAAUGUCACUUUCUGCUGCCCCAUUUGUAUUCUCUGGUGGCGAGGAUUAUAGCGGUUCGCCACCGAAUGAUCCAAACAAUGGCAAGCUUGUGAUGUUUUCUGGUGAUGCUGAAUUUGCUGAUGGUGCUCAUAAUCUUCUUAACAAAGAAAGUGAAAUAGGGCGUGGUGGAUUUGGAGUUGUUUAUUGCACUGUCCUUAAAGAUGGUCAUUAUGUUGCAAUCAAGAAGCUUACAAUGUCCACUUUGAGCAAGUCUCAAGAAGACUUUGAGAGGGAGGUUAAAAUGCUUGGGAAGAUCAAACAUCAAAAUCUUGUGGCACUUGAAGGUUAUUAUUGGACUCCAUCCUUGCAGCUCCUAAUUUAUGAGUACCUAGCCAGAGGGAGUUUGCAAAAGCUUCUACAUGAUGAUGAUAGUAGCAAAAAUGUGCUUUCUUGGAGGCAAAGGUUCAAGAUCAUUCUUGGAAUGGCAAAAGGGUUGGCCUAUUUGCACCAAAUGGAGCUAAUUCAUUACAAUCUAAAAUCAACCAAUGUUUUCAUAGAUUGUUUGGAUGAGCCAAAGAUAGGAGACUUUGGCUUGGUGAGGCUAUUGCCAAUGCUAGACCAUUGUGUUUUGAGCAGCAAAAUUCAAAGUGCACUUGGAUACAUGGCUCCGGAGUUUGCUUGCCGCACAGUCAAGAUAACUGAGAAAUGUGACAUAUAUAGUUUUGGAAUUUUGAUUUUGGAGGUGGUGACAGGAAAAAGACCUGUGGAAUACAUGGAGGAUGAUGUGGUUGUUCUUUGUGACAAAGUAAGGAGUGCAUUGGAUGAAGGCAAAGUGGAGCAAUGUGUUGAUGAGAAACUUAAGGGUAAUUUUGCUGCAGAGGAAGCAAUUCCUGUGAUAAAAUUGGGGUUGGUUUGUGCCUCACAAGUGCCCUCAAACCGUCCAGAUAUGGCUGAGGUAGUCAACAUAUUAGAAUUGGUCCAAUGCCCUUCAGAAGGACAAGAGGAAUUACAUUGAAUUUGAAGUUAUAGAAUUCGUGAACACCACAUUUAUUGCAAUACCUGGUGAAGAACAAUCCAGUUUGCUUGCUUUAAAAGAUAUACAUCAUGCAAAGAAUAUUUGGUCAAUUUCUUUCCCUAGUUUUUGUUUGUUGUUUCAGUUGUUGUUGCAAGUUUUACUACUUUAUUCUUUUACUUUUGGUCAUCUCAAGUUGUACUACUGGAUUUUUCUUCACCAGUUUCAAAGCUAAUACACUGGUGUUUCAAUCGUACUCUUUGCCUACAAAGCAGGAAUUCAAUUUUCUGAAUUUGAACA